AUGCGGAGCGCCAGCACAGUGAGCGGCCCUCUACUGUCUGUUUCAACGCCUGCCAGCCAACAAAACCGGUUCGCUGCCGUCCACCUGCUCACUGGCCAAUUAUUGUAUUUCAUUGUCGAGGGUAAAUCUCGGGUGAAAGAAGUCUUCUCACAGCUGAUGACUUACAUGAUUGCUCAAGGAGUGCAGGAGGUCGAACUGUUCGCACUGGCAUUUAUUCUAGACGAAGAAUAUUUUUUCACUGACCCCGACAGUAAACUGUCUAAGUAUUCGCCAAAAAGUUGGAAAUCGUCUUCGACAUAUGGUCUCGAUCAAAACGGCCAACCUCUACUCCAGUUGCAUUUACGCGUCAAGUUCUACGUCGACACUACUAAAUCUCUACGCGAUGACUUCACCCGGCAACACUAUUACCUUCAGCUGCGCAAAAAUGUCGCGGACAGGGGCGGCCCAACGGAAGACGGCGACCGCCAGAACGUACUGCCGCUGGUGGCACUCGGCCUGCAGGCGGACCUCGGCGAUCACACGGCCGACACUGACAUAUCGUCGGAGCUGCUUGAACAGUAUCUCCCGCCGAAGGCGUACAAGAUUAAUGAGCACAGGGUGAAACAGACGUUGUGCACUCUGCACAAGAGCCAUAAAGGAAUGUCCAAGACUUGUGCGCAGACAAUGUUCCUCCAGGAAGCUGGUGUGGUGCAAAAGUCUCACCUAUACCGGUUGCGGUUGAACAAGUCACAGCCGAAACAAACUCAGGGAUGCGCGAUGUCCAUAUGCAACAGCGUGUUUUUGGCCAUUUCUAUCAACGGCGUACAGAUUUACCACGAAAGCUUAUCGCAAGCGCUCACUGGUUUAUUCUUGUGGAACACCAUCGUCAAGCUGUGUUUUGACCGUAAAAAAUUCGAACUGAGGCCAUCGAACGUAGAUCGGAUGGUGUACUACACGAAUUCGGACGAGAAGAGCAAGAGGAUAUUAGCACUGUGUCGAGAAACUCAUCAAUUUAGCAUGACAGUACACCCGAGGCUUUUGGACGCGUUUUUGAAUAACAACACAUCUGAUAAGAACGCGUUCGACGGACUGAAAUGGACCAACGAUAAGAAAUCAAAAUCAAAAUCGAAGAAAGACGAUGACGCCAUCGAAAACAAAAAAUGCGAGAACGGUGGUUGCUCCGAUUCUAGUAUUUCGACGGCCGACCCGAAGACUUCUAUUUCCAAGGACAAGGUGCCCAACGGAAGCAUAUCGUCCAGCGUGGAACUGGGCUACAGUCACACCGCUCAAAACUCAGCCAUGUCCGAGCUGGACUACUCGGUGCAGUCGGCGCAGGACAGCAGCGAAGCGUACCUGAUUUACAGGCACCCGAGGGCCAGGGCGGCUUACGUGGACAACAGCAACCAAUCGGCAAACACCAGCAGUGGAGUGUACACGUGCGCUAGCUACAGCACGGCGUCCAAGGACAUGGCGUCCGUGUCGUAUACCACCGAGAACUGCAGUGAGGACUGCAAUCACGUCAGUGGCAUUUACAAAGCUUCAACGGUCGCGGCCGCCUUGCAGAAAUCGUCCAUGAUGGAGGAGCAACCGGACGCCGACUCCGCGUACAGCGCAUCAUUGCCGCCGGACACGGUGGCGGCCUCGUCCACGUCGGCGGACGAGGAAGGUCGUCCGAUGGGCCACGGUCAGCAGACCACAGCAGUCGACGACUGCGACGGGGGCUGUGGCGGCACUGACGAGCUGUACGACCUGUCAGCCGCGGCCACCAGCGACAGUUCGUAUUGCGUUGGCAUCGCCACGACCGCCACAACCGCCUCCGAUGUGGCCCUGUCGUCAGCGUCGUCGUCCAAAUGCGGCGAUAACGGUUGCGCAUUGGACGGUUACGCCGACGUGGGUGGUGCGGCGACCAGUGGCCGCAGCCGUAGCGGUUCAGUGGUUAGUAACUCGGGCAGUUUCCGCGGUGAUGGCAGCGACCCGUCCGAGGGCGGGCGCGGCGCGCUCCUGUCCGCCGUCGAGCUGUCCGACCUGAUUGUCGGUCGAACGUCGUUACAGACACCCCGCAAGGGUUUCUAUCCGUCGCGGCCGACCACCAGCUCGACACUGGACUCAGACUCGGAUUACGUGACGUUGCCCCCACCGAUGAACUUCGUAACCGGCGCCCCGUCUUUGUCCAACCUAUCACUGGCUAACUUCGAUUGCGGCACCGGCACUGUGGCCCCGCACUGGGACGUCCGUCGGUCGCUUGACCUUCUAUCCAAUGUGGUCAAGUUCUGCGGCGGUCAUCACCAUCAUCAUCACCAUCACCAGUGCGUGCAGGUCAACAGCAACAAUUACUUGGACGUGCACAAGAGCGGCGCUGCAUUCUACCACCACAUCUACCCGGCUGCCGCCUCGGUAGCCUCGGUAGCGCCGCCGCUUCUGCACGCUCGACAACCACCGCCUCCCCCACCACCACCACGGCCCAAGCGAUUCGACUUGCAGCUGGAACAGUACAAACAGCAGCUCCGGUCCGAUGUCGACUUCGUCGUGUAUCCGCUCCAAGACCCGGCGGUCAGCCGCCAAGAAUAUGUGGAUGCCAAGCUGGCCCGUGGUCGUCGGCACCAAUACCACAGGUAUUACGGCUGCGACCCGCCGUCGUACCAGGCCAACGCGCACCUGUAUCGAAGCACACCAAACGUGGCAGUCGCAGUGUCACCGCCCCCGCCGCCACCAUCCUCGUCGUCAGCGUCGUCGUCGUCGCUGUCCCACCAGCAGUUCCAACACCAUCUUCACCACCAUCACCUGCUCAGUCAGCAGCAGCAACUGCAGCUGCAGCAACAGCAACUACAGCUGCAUCAACAGCAAUUGCUGCUGCAGCAACAACAACAGCCACCGCCGCUGCCUCCGUUGCCGCCACACUUGAAAUACGCUUCCAAUCAAAACCUGCUGUUCCCAGCCACCGUGGCCGCAUCCGCCGACUACGCGGCGCAGCACCAUCACCACCGCCGUCACAGGCUGCAGCCGCUGCCGCUUCCCGUCCGAACGUACUCUCACGAUGACUUACUGGCGGCCACUACGUCGGCACCAGCAGUGCCUCCGAAAGUUCAGCUGUUCCAUAGACGGCCACCACCACCACCACCACCUGUGACCGGACUCCAGAAGCCCGCGUCUGUCAUCCCUCGUCGCCCCGCUGCUGUGGACGCCGACGCCGCCACCACCACCCCCACCACCACCAACGGCGCCACCACUCCUACGGACUCCCAGUCGGUGUUGGACAUCUUAUCAUUGCGGGAGAAAAGCCGCAACCUGGACUUGCCGCUGAUAUCGGCCCUGUGCAACGACCAGACGUUGCUUAAGCAAACCAACGCCAUGGUGACCGAAAACAAGGCCACGCAGACUGCGGCCGCCCCUUCGUCGUCCCUUUCCGCCGCUACGGCCCUCGCGGCGUCUUUGUACCAACCACUGCCACCGCUGUCUUUGUCUUCGUACCAUCAACCGCCACCGCGACCUUCGUCUUCGUACCAACCACCGCCACUGCCGUCGUCUGCGGAACAGACACAGCCACCGCAGGGUGGCGUCAAAUCCUCCAAUAAGCCGAAUAGCACGAGGUGCACUAACGGUACGUCGUCGUAUUCGUCGCCACCGCCGCAGAGUUUUAUGUCGGCUUCGGCGUCGCCUUCUGUUGUAGCCACCGCCGCCGUUAAGACGGCCAAAUCAAAAACCAACCACGUCAAAACAAACACAAAUAUUAUUUAG